GCGACUAUUAGUAGAUUUUUCAUUUCCCAUUCUUUUUGUGGAAAUUGGUGUAUUUAGUAGGCUCAUAUUUUUUAAAGCUACAAAUAUCCCGUUCUAGUGAAGUAAUUUUAUUGCAAUAUGUGAAGUGGAAGUAAAAAUUUGAUUCACUAGCGCCAGAAUAAAGGGGCGGAGACGUAAUAGCAUGAGGGCUGAAUAGUUUGUGCAACUAUAAGUUACGAGAACUCUACCUCAGUAAUAAAUUUUCUAUGGUAAUGGCAUUUGUGAAAACAAUAAUACGAAGUAACUAUGGAAGCAUAAUAACUAUGGAAUCAUAAAAAAGAAACUUCUUAGUGCUUUCUGGUGGUGAAGAUACUUGUUCAUAUAUAGCUCUCUUUUAAUAUGAACUGUGAUCACUAUGUAUUAGUUGUUUGCUGUUGUUUCUUUUCUUACACAUAUUCCCCUUUGAGGUAUCAUCGUCGCCGCAGUCAUAUUGAAAUGUGCAAAAAAGGAAAAGUGCGUUGCGCAAAUACCAAAUUAUUCACUUCUUUCAUUUGCUGCCACCGCUGUAGUCGCUUACGUCGAUUUCAACGUCGUGAUCGUCCAUCCAAACAUUAGUGGCUCUGCUUUGUGAUGAUAAGAGGGCGAGGCAGAUGAUGAUGAUGGCAACCGGCCAGAGAAGAGCGAAUGUUUUUUUGCAGGAAAAGCCACUGCAAUGGGUCUUACCUUCAAGGAUAUUCCAGCUAAAACCAGCGAACGUCGGCCCAGUACAGAUUCGGCAAAAUCAACGAAUAGCACACAAAGUAAUAAUUCUGAUAUACAGCAACAUUUACAAUCAAUGAUUGAUCUACUUUAUCCUGAGGAAACCUUGAAGAUGGCAGUUAAAUUGGAGUCCCAACGACCGAAUCGCACAAGGUAUCUAGUGAUUGUAUCACGUUGUUGUUACCGCCCCACAACCACCGAUCGAAAGAAUAAAAUAAUGCGGCAUAAUUCGACUAAAGCAAGCAAUGUAAUAACAUCAGCAACCACUGUUACAAUGCGUCAAUCAUCAACAGAUAGCAUACAGCGAACGACACCACAACAACAGUCACAAACUGAAUCAAGUAGCGGUGGUGAGGAAUCAACAGAUGCACAUGAGAAGCGCCUGUCGAGCGUAUCUUUGCCGGCGAAAGCAUCUCAACACCAAAGCAUCAAAAGCGACUCUGAUAAAAUGAACGCAUCGGGCGAUAGCAAGGCAUGUGAGGAUGGUGUCGAAGAAUCCUGUCUUUUGGGUAUCGAUUGCAAUGAACGCACCACAAUUGGCCUGGUUUUGCCAAUACUUGCCGAUACGACAAUACAUCUUGAUGGCGAUGGUGGCUUUAGCGUUUCAGUAUACGGUAAAACACACAUUUUUAAACCCGUUUCCGUGCAAGCCAUGUGGUCUGCAUUACAAACUUUACAUAAAGUAUCGCAAAAGGCUCGUGAGAAUAAUUUUUAUCCACGUGGUCCAUCGCACGAUUGGACUUCUUACUAUGAUAGUCACAUUGAGUCAGAACAAUCUUGCCUAAAUGAAUGGAAUGCAAUGGAUUCACUAGAAAGCCGACGCCCUCCAUCGCCAGAUGCCAUAAGAAACAAACCAACUGCGAAGGAGGAAACGGAAAGCACAAUCAAAAUGAAGCUAAAGGAAAUAAUGAUGUCGGUAGAUUUAGAUGAAGUGACUUCCAAAUACAUACGUGGUCGACUUGAAGAACUUCUGGAUAUGGAUUUAGGCGAGUUUAAAUCGUUUAUCGAUGAGGAAAUGUUAACAAUACUAGGUCAAAUGGAUGCCCCAACAGAGAUAUUCGAUCACGUUUAUCUUGGUUCGGAAUGGAAUGCCAGUAAUUUGGAAGAGCUGCAAAAGAAUGGAAUACGCCAUAUUCUUAAUGUAACACGAGAGAUCGAUAAUUUUUUUCCUGGCGUCUUUGAUUAUUUCAAUGUGCGAGUUUAUGAUGAUGAAAAGACGAAUCUGUUAAAGCACUGGGACAACACAUUUCGUUACAUAACACGUGCCAAAUCGGAGGGCUCCAAAGUACUCGUUCACUGUAAAAUGGGUGUCAGCCGAUCAGCGUCGGUUGUAAUCGCCUAUGCUAUGAAGGCAUACAAUUGGGAAUUCAAACAUGCACUUCAACACGUUAAGGAACGCCGAAACUGCAUAAAGCCUAAUAAGAAUUUCCUUAAUCAGCUGGAGACUUACCGUGGCAUGUUGGAUGCAAUGAAGAAUAAGGAGAAACUGCAGCGCAGUAAAAGCGAAACGAAUUUGAAGAGCACAAAGGACGCGCGCCUGCUGCCAGGCAGUGAGCCUACGCCACUCAUACAGGCGCUCAACCAGUCCAAAUCAAAAUCAACCGGAGGACAGGAAGAUGUGAGCUGUGGGGAUAGCGCAGUGGAAAGUGCCGACAGAAGCAUUAUAAGUACUAAAGGCGUCGGACGGUCUAAAACCCCAAUUGGCAAUGACGGUGGCGGCACGAAUGAAGCCAAGCAACGUCGCUUGGUGCGUCGGUCCAGUAGCACAUCACCGCAGGCGGUGCCCCACGUGCCACAUAUGACAGUCGUAAUAAAACAGCAAAGCCAAUCGCUGGAAAACCUAACUCCUGAAAAGAGUGUUGCAGAGGAGCCCAAGAAUAUGCGAUUUCCCGGAAGCAAUGGUGAGAACUACAGUGUCACUCAAAACCAAGUGCGACACAUACAGAAAAACGUACAGCCGCCACCACCCCCACCGCCGCCUCCACCAUCUUCUACUGCACAACAAAAGCUACAGCAAAGAAAGCAAAAACAGCAGAUAGCAUCCGUGCGAACACGUGUGCAGAAUCUGGAAACACACAGCACACGCAAGACGGCUGAUGAUCGCCGGUCGCUUAACUUGCAGUUUGGUCGCUCGGUAUCGCACGAUACUGGCUCAAUGGCUACGCGUGUGGAUACGUUGCCUUGUUAUGCCGGCGAUGGCACAUUACAGAGUGAACAUAGUCCAGUAUGGACAUCAUCCGCAAAACUAAUCACUCAGACUUCUAAUUUGAAAAAUUUAAUGACAGUCGACGGUGGUGGCGGUGAAGGGGUUUCCAACGAAAGUUUCGCCAGCGAUACUAGCAUCGGACAAAUGGAGACAUCGGCUGAGCUUAAGGAAGAGCAUCAAUGCGCUAACUCAAGACGUCACAGUCGCAAAACUCAUUCAUGGACUGCCGCUAGCGGCACAAGCGACUUGAGUGGUACCAGCAGGAGUGGUGGUAUAGUUUUAGAUCGUCUCAAUGUGCUGGGCGUGGGUACAAGUGCCAGCAGUAGCGGUACCAGCAAAUUGAGCUCAAAUAGCAGUAUUGAUUCGAUCUCAUCGAGUGCGGGAUGUCCGACGACAACCGCAUUUGAGGAGCGUGUGGUCACACGAACACACCGGCACCGGGAUUUGCCCUCACGACAUGCUUCAUGGGGUUCGGGAGACACGCGCUGUGCUGCCCCAGUACGAAAUAGUUCCUGGGCUGCGUACGACUCCAACCGCAAUUCGUGCCAGUACGGCGGCGGAGCCAUACUCGAAGGUCAAAUACACGAACUCAACAUCAAUAAGAGCAACAAGACUGUCACACCAAUCUGUCAGGGCCUUUCUGGGUCGCCACAUUACCAGCAGCACCAGCAUGUGGGCACGGUAAAGCGCACUAAACAGAAGUUGGAGCAGGUCGGUAGCGUUAAUAGCUGCAAUACAUUGAAGAAACCGUGCCCGGAAAAUAGCGACCGUGUGGCCGACGAAGUGCCAGUCACUGGCAACGCAAAGCGCAGCGUCAAAGGUGCAACGAAUCUCUUUCGAAGUGCUUCAGCUGCUGGCUCAACGCGCAUCCGCUGUUCUCCUUACCGCUGCAAUAGUGUGGAAAUUGUUCCCGGUGCAACCGCCACUACAGUAGACGGCAACUACGCCGACCACGACAUAUUGACGUGUCAUAUGGUUAUGCGCCGUAGCGAUGGCAGUCGUCCAUUGCAAAAUGAAUUUUUUUCCGCUUCCUCAGCUCCAGAAUCAUAUACAGUUUCAGACAUUGAGAACAAGAAUAUGGUACCUUCAGAACCAGAGACAUCCGAAAAUAUAGUUGGUGGCUGCGUUAUAGAAGAGGAUGGUUCAGUGCUGUUGCGUGGUAGCGUCGGCGGCGCUACUACCAUCACGGAUCAACGGAUCUCCGGCACUGUGCAAAUACUCAAAAAGAAUUUUGAGGCCAAAGCAGGCAGUAGCGCAAAUGCAGCAACAGGCAGUAGUGGAAAUGUUUUGCAAAUUCAAACUGCCGCCACGCCUGCGAAGAAAGGUCAUCAUUCACUGCCUUCUUCCCCAGUUGCGCAACAUAUAGAUCCACAUCAUCACCACCAACACAAUCUGCAAAGCGCUUCUUUGGCGUCACCUAUUUCAGACACAACCUCUACAACACAAAGUUUAGCAGCAUCCUCUGGUUGCCACGAUGAGAUCCCUGCUGAAAUAAUUGACACAAUUGCACAUGCAGCCACUACUACUACAACUACGACCCAUACAAUGCAGACUAUAUCUACUACCGCCUCUGUUUCAUCGACAACGGCUUCAUCUGCAUCAUCGUCUUCGUCGUCAUCCACUUCGUCUUCAUCGAGUAUGUGCGAGCCAUAUGUUGACCGUAACGUGAAGGUUCUGGUGUAUAAAUAUCAAACGCCAAUAUCGGUAUCGUCUGUAACCAAAAAUGACAGUGUCGUUGGCGCCAUACCCAUAUCUUCAUCAUAUACCACGGCGCCAUCCGCUUCGGCAUCUUCUUCAUCUUCAGUACCAACAACAGUUGCAACGGUUGCUCUAGCUACAAGCCACUGUAAACCCAGGCGACAUUCGUACUAUGAAAGUGGUGGUCGUGCGUUGCACAAAAGCACGCUGAUAGGUGGUGGCAGAAGCUCUGCCACUAGUGUUCGGUUAUCUCACGAAUAUAGUGAUAGUAGGCCGCCCCCUGCUCCAGCUAAAUCCACAAUGAUAUCGCAUGGCAGCGCAGCCCAAACGUCAAUGGCAGACAAUGCGCAAAACCAACAACAGCAGCAUCAACAGCGUCGUUUGCAACAACACGGUCGCACGCAUCCACUCAGUAGGCUAACGUUACCAAAACAGAGCUUCAAUGCAGCCGCUUACAAUACUAUGUAGAUUAUAUCAGCGGCAACGCACCGUCCCUUUACCCCAUUCUGUGUUAGGUGUAUAGUAUUCAUACACUUGUAUAAUGUUCUAAACCCGCUUUGCACCCUUACAGCCCGAACAGCGAACAACUCAUACACACGCACAAGCGUUCUUAACACAUUCAAAAUAUGGUUGGAAAUAGAAAUGAGAAAUUCAUGCAUGAAAUCUUAACACAGCUUAUUUGCCUCGAAAAAAACUCAUAGGUACUUAUUUCGGUAUUAGUCUAGAAUAAAAGCUAUUUAGCUGCUAAAGAAAACUAAAGUAAAAGGCCCUAUCGAGCCUUUUUUAGUUUUUUUUUCAUAACUAAACUGUUGGUGUUCUAGACUUGGUCUCAUUUUUCUAUGACC